AUGGUUAAGGUUACUGUUUGUGGUGCUGCUGGUGGUAUUGGACAACCACUUUCGUUAUUAUUAAAGUUGAAUCAAAACGUUGAUGAGUUAGCAUUAUUUGAUAUUGUUAAUGCCAAUGGGGUUGCUGCUGAUUUAUCACAUAUUUGUAGUCCAGCUAAAGUAACUGGCCAUCAACCUGCUAAUAAGGAAGAUAAACUGGCUAUUACAUCUGCUUUGACUAAUAGUGAUUUAGUUAUUAUACCUGCUGGUGUUCCAAGAAAACCGGGGAUGACUAGAGCUGAUUUAUUUAAUAUUAACGCUUCGAUUAUUAGAGAUUUGAUUGCCAACGUUGGUAAGACUUGUCCAAACGCAGCUAUUUUGAUCAUUUCCAAUCCAGUCAAUGCUACUGUUCCAAUUGCAGCUGAAGUGUUGAAAAAAUUGGGUGUUUUCAAUCCAAAAAAAUUAUUUGGGGUUACUACUUUAGAUUCCGUUAGAGCAGAAACUUUCCUUGGUGAAUUAAUCAAUGAACCUCCAAAAUCGUUGAAGGGUAAGAUUUCCGUUAUUGGUGGUCAUUCCGGUGAUACCAUUGUUCCAUUAAUCAAUGUCAACUCUACCAUUUCUGCAAAAAGCUCAAAAAUCACUCCGGCUCAAUAUAAAGAAUUCGUCCAUCGUGUUCAAUUCGGUGGGGAUGAAGUCGUCAAGGCUAAGAAUGGAGCCGGUUCCGCCACUUUAUCAAUGGCCUAUGCCGGCUAUCGUUUUGCUGAAUCAGUCUUAGAUUCCGUGGCUGGUGGUCAAACUAAUACUUCGGUCGUUCCGGAAACUUCGUAUGUCUAUUUACCAGGAUUACCAAAUGGUGAAGAGUUAUCUAAAAAAUCAUUAAAUGGCGCUACUUAUUUCUCAGUCCCUGUUAUUUUAGAAAAAGGUGAAAUUAAAUCAUUCAUUAAUCCUUUCGAUUCUCUCACCAUCACUGAAAAUGAAAAACAAUUGGUUUCUGUCGCUUUAAAUGGAUUGGAUAAAUCAAUUGCUCAAGGUACCAACUUUGUUAAAGGUUCUAAAAUAUAG